AUUCNGUCUAAUUCACAUUUUAAAUUUGUAGCUCAUAUAUUUUUUGAUGAUGCUUUCGAAGAAAGUGAAGAAAAUGAAGAUUAUAUGGUUAUUAAUCAGUUUGUUCGAUUGCUAAUUAGAGAAAUUGAUAAUGCUGCAAGCACGGUACAUGAAUGUGAAGUCCAGUUACUACCACCAAAAGUAAUUCCAACUCCUUACGGAGGGAGAUUAGUUUGGAUGAUGCCUGGAAGCAAUAAACUGAUCGUUCAUUUGAAAGAUAAAUCAAAAAUACGACAUAAGAAACGAUGGAGUCAAGUUAUGUAUAUGUACUAUUUAUUGGGUGCUGGCAUUAUGGAGUUAAAUAUAGAUUCACAUCGCAAGAGUCAACGUGCCGAAAAUACUUACAUUCUAGCACUUGAUGGCGAUAUCAACUUUCGUCCCUUUGCCGUUCAGUUGUUGGUAGAUUUAAUGAAAAAGAAUCCAGUGCUUGGAGCUGCGUGCGGUAGAAUCCAUCCUGUAGGAUCAGGUCUUAUGGUCUGGUAUCAAAAGUUUGAAUACGCUAUUGGUCAUUGGUUACAAAAAGCAACUGAACAUAUGAUAGGUUGUGUUCUAUGCAGUCCUGGAUGCUUCUCAUUAUUUCGAGCUAAAGCACUUAUGGAUGAUAAUGUGAUGAGAAAAUAUAAUAGCAUGUCGGAAGAAGCGAGGCAUUAUGUUCAAUACGAUCAAGGCGAAGACAGAUGGUUAUGCACUCUGUUGUUGCAAAGGGGUUAUAAAGUCGAAUAUUGUGCUGCUUCAGAUGCUUACACUCAUUGUCCAGAAGGGUUUGGAGAAUUUUAUAACCAACGUCGAAGAUGGGCACCAUCGACAAUGGCAAACAUUAUGGAUUUAUUAGCUAGUUACAAGCACACAAUUGCGAUCAAUAAUAACAUUUCUACACCUUAUAUGAUGUAUCAGCUAAUGCUGAUGAUAGGAAGUAUUCUUGGUCCUAGUACCAUAUUUCUUAUGUUAGUUGGUGCCAUGGUUGCAGCAUUCAGGAUUCCUAAUAUUGAAGCAUUACUAGCAAACCUUAUACCUAUAACAUUAUUUAUUCUUAUAUGUUUCUUCACGAAAAAUGAUUUUCAGAUUUUGGUCGCUCAAAUAUUAAGUGCAUUAUAUGCUUUACUGAUGAUGGCCGUAUUAGUAGGAACAGCAGUUCAACUAGUGGAAGAUGGACCAUCUUCUCCUUCAGCCAUUUUCCUUAUAGCACUAACUGCAAGUUUUGUUAUCUCUGCCAUUUUCCAUCCUCAAGAAUUCUUCUGCCUCUUUCAUGGAGUUUUGUAUUUUUUAAGUGUACCUUCCAUGUAUCUUUUUUUAAUUUUAUAUUCUUUGAUUAAUUUAAACAAUGUGUCUUGGGGUACAAGAGAAAUUAAAAAGAGGGAAACAAAAACUGAACUCGAAGCACAAGCCAUUCAAAUAAAAGAAAUAAAAAAGAAAUCAGCUUUUGGUUGGCUUCCAAAUUUUGGAUUUGGUAACAAAAAUCAAGAAGAAGACGGUGGCAUCUCUUGCAGCCUAUCAAAUCUUUUUAAGUGCAUGUUUUGCACCUAUCCAAAAGUAAAUGAUGAAAAAUAUCAGUUACUAAAGAUAUCAGAUCAGCUUGAUUAUAUAAACACGCAAUUAUUAAACGUGGAAACAAAAUUAGAAAGAGCAAGAAAUCCAGCUUUUCGCAGAAAAUCGAGUCUUGGUCGAAAAGUUUUAUCAUCAUUAAAAGAAGAAGAAGAAGAAGAAGAAGAAGAAGAAAGAGAUGGCGAUGAUGAUGUGUUUGAAACUGAAGAAAAUAUCGAAUCAAAUGUUGAAGAGAAUGAUAAUUUCGAUGUCAAAGUCGAUAAGAAAUGUUAUGGUGAAAAAAGAGACGAUUUAAUUAAUCCAUAUUGGAUAGAAGAUAAGGAUUUAAAGCAUUGUAAUGUUGUAAACUUAAACAAAUCAGAAAUUCAAUUUUGGUUCGAACUCAUACGAAAAUAUCUUUAUCCAAUUGAACAAAACAAGGCUCGCGAAGAAAAAGUGACUUCUGAGCUCAAUGAACUUCGAAAUAAAGUUGUAUUCACAUUUUUAAUGAUGAAUUCUAUAUUUAUAUUAGUUGUAUUUCUUCUUCAAGUAAACAAGAAAGAUUUACAUUUAAAAUGGCCAAUUGGCAUGAAAUAUACUAUUACCUACGUUGUAAGUUCUAGGCAAGUGAGAAUACAAGAACAUUCUUUAGAAAUCGAUCCAAUUGGUAUUGUAUUUGUUAGUUUCUUCGCUAUUAUUUUAAUAAUCCAAUUUAUUGGAAUGCUCUUUCAUCGUUUGGGUACAAUGACUCAUAUAUUAGCAUCUGAAGAACUUCGCUUCUGUUUGAAAAAAUUUGAAAAUAUCAGCGAUGAAGCAUAUGUUGAUAAAAAUGGCGUCCAGAUUGCUCGAGAAAUCGCUCAAUUGCAUGGUAUCAAUGGUGAUGAAACCGAAAUAAAAGAAGAAAGCAAACAGAGGGACGUUACAAAGAGAGACACUAUUAUUGCUUUAGAAAACAGAAAAAGCAAGAAACAAAAUAUAAAAACAUUAGAUGCAGCAUUUUGGAAAAGGAUGACCAUUAUAUCAUCUGAGAAACCAGAAACUUCUCCCUUAUUAAAAAAUCUAAGAAAAUUAAGUGAAAGAAGAGGAACGUUUAAAGUCCUUGAAAAUAGGAAAAAAUCAGUCAUCGAUGAAAUGAGAAGAAAAAGUACAAUUCGUUGGGAAGGAAACGAAAUGGGCGAUUACGAAGCAAUGAUGAAGUUAACUAAAGAAUUUUCCCAAAAUAAUGGAAGGUUAACAUCACAAAGUGAAGGAGGAAUUUAUAAUGAAGCAUUCGAUGAAGAAAGUUUCUAAAUUCGUGUUAAAAUAAUCUCUAGGAAAAUUAUCAUCUAAUUUAACAUGUUAUUAACGUCUUGUAAAAUUCGUAUUUUUAAAUAAAUGCAAGUUUCAUCAAUAA